AUGUCAACUAUAGUUUAUCAAGAUUUCCAGUCAUAUUCUGACUCGAAUAUCAUUGAAACAACUACACUGAAGCUCAAAGUACCAACCCCCCCAACUACUAUAGUAGAAAAUAUCAAUACUAGUAACGAAAAAUGCUGGAGUUCUGUUCAAAAUCUCUCAUCCAUCAAUUAUUCGAAGGAAAUGGAAAACUCUUACAUACACAGGCUUAAUGAACAUAGCCUUUCAUUAUGUACUGAAAAUUUGGGAAGUGAAACAGGAACUGAUCAAGCCAUUGACAACAACAUUUUCUCAUUUUCAUCGCGAGAGUUCAAAACAGAGCAAUCAAAUUACAAUAAGGUGAUGAGUUAUAAAAAUACUCAAACCUCUCGAAAACUUCCACCUCUUUUAACAACGUUAAGAGGAUCGAACUCUCUUCAAUGUCGACCAUACAGAGAAGGGGGUAGAUUAGUCAUUAAAGCAGUUGAGACCCCGCAAAUACGUACCUAUUUUCAUGCUGAAAGAAGUAAUGGCAGACUUAGGCUCUGUUUUCUGAAUGAUGAAAAAUCUGUUCCAACGACGAUCGAUGAAGAGGACGGAGAAUUGGAAGCUGAAAAUGACGUAUUUGAACGUAAAAUUAACGAUGACGAAGAACGAGGAGAGGAAGAGGAAGAGGAAGAGGAAGAGGAAGAGGAGGAAGAAGAAAAUGGCCAGUACAUGAAAAGGGACAUGGAUGGAAAUAAUUAUGAUAUUGAGGCUGAAAUUGGAAUAGUGAAUUGUCAAAGGGUAAGUAGGUGCAAGGAAGGAAGGCAAGGGAAAAAGACAUUUUGUGAUUGGAGGAACCCUUUAUGGGUGGCUACUUCCUAAAGUUUUUGUCUUUGGAACACAUCAUUUUCUAUU